AUGGGGUCGUCGAAGAAGCACCGGGGCGAAAAGGAGGCGGCCGGGACAACAGCAGCCACCGGCACCGGGGGAUCCACAGAACAGCCGCCGCGGCACCGAGAGCACAAGAAACACAAGCACCGGAGCGGCGGGGGUGGCAGCAGCGGCGGCGAACGGAGAAAGCGGAGCCGGGAGCGUGGAGGCGAGCGCGGGAGCGGGCGGCGCGGGGCCGAGGCUGAAGCCCGCGGCAGCGCACACGGGCGGGAGCGCAGCCAGGCCGAGCCCUCGGAGCGGCGCGUGAAACGGGAGAAACGCGACGAUGGCUACGAAGCGGCUGCCGGCUCCAAGACCAGCUCAGGAGAUGCCUCAUCACUCAGCAUCGAGGAGACCAAUAAACUGCGGGCGAAGUUGGGGCUGAAACCCUUGGAGGUCAAUGCCGUCAAGAAGGAGGCGGGCACCAAGGAGGAGCCCCUGACAGCUGAAGUCAUCAACCCCAUGGCCUUGCGACAGCGAGAGGAGCUGCGGGAGAAGCUGGCGGCCGCCAAGGAGAAGCGGCUGCUGAACCAGAAGCUGGGGAAAAUCAAGACCCUGGGGGAGGACGACCCGUGGCUGGAUGACACUGCAGCCUGGAUUGAGAGGAGCCGGCAGCUGCAGAAGGAGAAGGACCUGGCGGAGAAGAGAGCCAAGCUGCUGGAAGAGAUGGAUCAGGAGUUUGGUGUCAGCACUUUGGUGGAGGAGGAGUUUGGGCAGAGGCGGCAGGACCUGUACAGCGCCCGGGACCUGCAGGGCCUCACUGUGGAGCAUGCCAUCGACUCCUUCCGUGAAGGGGAGACGGUGAUCCUCACCCUCAAGGAUAAGGGGGUGCUGCAGGAGGAAGAGGACGUGCUGGUGAACGUGAACAUGGUGGACAAGGAACGGGCUAAGAAGAACGUGGAGCUGCGGAAGAAGCAGCCCGACUACCUGCCCUACGCAGAGGACGAGAGCGUGGACGACAUGGCACAGCGAAAACCCCGCUCCAUCCUGUCCAAGUAUGACGAGGAGCUCGAGGGGGAGCGGCCCCACUCCUUCCGCCUGGACCAGGGCGGCAUGGCUGACGACCUCCGGGAGCGGGAGCUGGAAGAGAUCCGGUCCCGGCUGCGGCUGCAGGCCCAGUCCCUGAGCACGGCAGGGCCCCGACUCGCCUCCGAGUACCUCACACCAGAGGAGAUGGUGACCUUUAAAAAAACCAAGCGGAGGGUGAAGAAAAUCCGCAAGAAGGAGAAGGAGGUAGUGAUGCGGGCCGAUGACUUGCUGCCCCUCGGGGACCAGACUCAGGAGGGGGACUUCGGCUCUAGGCUGCGGGGCCGGGGUCGGCGCCGAGUGCCCGAGGCUGAUGAGGAGGUCCUGGAGGAGGAGGAGAAGGAGAAGGAGCCCGUGCCUCAGCACCCCCAGUCAGAUGACACCCGCGUGGAGAACAUGGACAUCAGCGAUGAGGAGGAGGGCGGAGCGCCUCGGCCCGGGUCCCCGGUGCUGGAGGAAGACGAGGCCGAGCUGGAGCUUCAGAAGCAGCUGGAGAAGGGGCGUCGGCUGCGGCAGCUUCAGCAGCUGCGCGACAGCGGCGAGAAGGUGGUGGAGAUUGUGAAGAAGCUGGAGUCUUGCCAGCGCGGCUGGGAGGACGACGAGGACCCUGAGCGGAAGGGGACCAUCGUGUUCAACGCCACGUCGGAGUUCUGCCGAACGCUGGGGGAGAUCCCCACCUACGGGCUGGCGGGCAACCGGGAGGAGCAGGAGGAGCUCAUGGACUUUGAACGGGACGAGGAGCGCUCGGCUAACGGCGGCUCCGAGUCCGACGGGGAGGAGAACAUCGGCUGGAGCACCGUCAACCUGGACGAGGAGAAGCAGCAGCAGGAUUUCUCCGCCUCCUCCACCACCAUCCUGGACGAGGAGCCCAUCGUAAACAGAGGGCUGGCUGCCGCGCUGCUCUUGUGUCAGAACAAAGGGCUGUUGGAGACCACAGUGCAGAAGGUGGCCCGGGUGAAGGCGCCCAACAAGUCUCUGCCUUCAGCGGUGUACUGCAUCGAGGACAAGAUGGCCAUCGAUGACAAGUACAGCCGGCGGGAGGAGUACCGCGGCUUCACCCAGGACUUCAAGGAGAAGGACGGCUACAAGCCUGACGUGAAGAUUGAGUACGUGGAUGAGACAGGCCGGAAGCUCACGCCCAAGGAGGCAUUCCGGCAGCUCUCCCACCGCUUCCACGGGAAGGGCUCAGGCAAGAUGAAGACGGAGCGGCGCAUGAAGAAGCUGGAUGAGGAGGCGCUCCUGAAGAAGAUGAGCUCCAGCGACACACCCCUGGGCACCGUGGCCCUGCUCCAGGAGAAGCAGAAGGCCCAGAAGACGCCCUACAUCGUGCUCAGUGGCAGCGGCAAGAGCAUGAACGCGAACACCAUCACCAAGUGA